UAAAACCAAUCAGUCUUUUUUCUAAAUUCUCAUUAGGAACUCAUCUGGCGCGUCAACCUUUGGGUGUAACGUAAGCAAUCCGCGACGCUGCCUUCAUCCGCGGUCGGGGGACUGCGGCCACUGUGAUUUCAAAAAACAGAAAAAGGACAUAUGUACUAAAAACUAGGAAGCCCCGAAGGACAAGUCUUGUGGCUUCUAAUCGCUGAGCACAUUUAGAAUUAGUGAGGACGCCUUCCAGCGUCGUCAUCCUUGUGACAUCAUUGCGUCCCAGCGACACCACCUUUAGCGUAGCACAUCGGAGAAAGAUCUCUUUCGGUAUGGCCUAAGAAGGCAGCCAGUGUGGUCACGAUCCCUGGGCGCGGGGUUUGCCGGGAGUUGUAGUUCCAGCUGACAGUUUUACCUAGUCUCCGGAAGUGAAGGCGUGAGAGCCUGAGCUAGACCGUCUCUGUGUAGCGGGACUUUAGUGCUGAGGCACUGCUCCCCGGGCCCAUCAUGAACGGGCCAGCGGACAACGAGGUGGACUACAAGAAGAAAUACCGGAACCUGAAACGGAAGCUCAAGUUCCUCAUCUACGAACACGAGUGCUUUCAGGAGGAACUGAGGAAGGCGCAGAGGAAAUUGCUGAAGGUGUCCCGAGACAAGAGUUUCCUCCUAGACCGACUUCUGCAGUACGAGAACGUGGAUGAAGACUCUUCUGACUCAGAUGCCACUGCAUCUUCAGACAACAGCGAGACAGAGGGGACACCCAAGUUGUCAGACACGCCAGCCUCCAAGAGGAAGAGAAGCCCUCCGAUGGGGGGUGCCCCCUCCCCCUCCAGCCUCUCUCUGCCUCCUUCAACAGGGUUUCCCCUUCAGGCCUCUGGGGCCCCCUCCCCAUACCUGAGCUCGCUGGCUUCCCCCCCCUACCCCCCAUUCCCUUCUGACUACCUGGCCCUGCAGCUUCCCGAGCCCAGCCCCCUGAGGCCCAAGCGGGAGAAACGGCCCCGCCUGCCCCGGAAACUCAAGAUGACGGUGGGACCCCCCGACUGCCCUGUGGGAGGGCCGCUGACUUUCCCCAGCCGGGGUUCUGGGGCUGGGGUGGGGGCAGCCCUGGCCCCACUGCCACCCCCUAAGAUGCCCCCUCCCACAAUCCUGAGCGCAGUCCCUCGGCAGAUGUUCAGCGAUGCAGGCAGCGGGGAUGAUGCCCUGGACGGGGAUGAUGACCUGGUGAUCGACAUCCCAGAGUGACCCCCACCUGUGCCCAGCGCCCCCUGUGCCAGCACACGUGAGCCCUGAACUUUCACAGAGACGUUUAUUGAUGCCCAGUUGCCAUGCUGCGGCUACUGACACAAUCAGAAAAGGUGUAAACAUGCACGAAUGUCCCCUGGAAGGGGGCCCUCACCAGGAAGGGCAGGGGUUGCCCUCACAUCCUGGUCCCAUCCUGGGGGCGGUUAUUUUAAAUGGGUGGCUGGGAACACCUGCCACCUCUGGAAGAGGCGGAGACCCUGUGGUGCACCCCCCCCCCCGCACUCCUCCCCCCCCAGUCUGUUUAAAAGGGCAGCUGUACAGGGCUAGGUGUUGUGUUAUGUUUUGUUUUUUAAACGAAGAUUAUUAAAGGAGUGGCUCUGUUUUGUUUUG